AUGUUCCGCGCUCGGCCAAAUCUCGUCCGUCCGUCUGAAGUCUCGGCCAAAGUCCAAACCGUUCGGCCGAUCGCAAGUCACGACCCGGGAAACUAUUGCCCGCGGUCGGCCACGCCACGCCACGACCGCGCACGACCAAAGCGCGCGAGCCGGGAAACGCCUCGCGGCCGCGCAACUCUCGCGUACCACGCACGAACGCCCGUCCGAGCCGGGGAAACUACGCCCGCGUCCGGCCGAAGAUUUCAUCGGCCAAGUCUUUCACCCGUCCGACCACAGCGGCCGACCACGCAUCCGUCCACCCCGACCGUUCCGACUCGCCACAAGACCCGACUGUCCGGCCGAUCGUCCCGCACGACCGUCC